ACUCUGCUGGAAAGAAGCAAAGGAGAUGUCUACCCAAGGGCUGACGAGUGACGAACCGACCAUUCUUUAUGACGACUGGUACAUAAAUGAACCAAUUGGAGACAAAGAUGACCCGGCUGCUCAUGUCAUCCUGGACUGUGACCCUACAAUCCCUUACACUCUCUACCACGCCUGCAUGGCGCCAGUCUCACUGGCCAUAUUGCUGGUUCUAUCUCUGCUGGUGAAACGGAAGAAACUCUACAAAGGUUGUUGGGAUGGAGCUCCAGGGCUGUUGAGCCCUGCGCGUUUCUUGGAAGAAGAUGGGAGCAAGGGAGUGGCCGUGGCCGUCUUCGGCAUCCUCUUCUCCUCGCUGUGCGUGCUGGUUCUGGAUAACGACCCUCUGCCCUUCAUCUCCAAGUCCUCCACGCAGAACCGAGAGUACUGGAAGAUCAUGGCUUUGCUCUAUUACCCGGCCUUCUACUACCCCUUGAUUGCAUGUGCCACAGCCCGACACCAAACUGGGUACUUCCUCGGCUGCUUGCUGUCCUGGUGCCACUGCGUGGUCCAUCUCUGGCAGAAGGUGGACUGCCCGCAAUCGCCCAAGAUUUAUAGGUACUAUUCCCUGCUGUCUUAUCUCCCCAUCAUUUUGUGCCUUGUGGUUUUGAGCCUUUGGUAUCCGACGCAGCUUGUCAAGAGCCUCAGGCAGAAGGAGAGGACGGCGGAUGAGCAGGUACCUGGGAGUGACUAUUACAAGGACUACCUGAAGAAUAUCCUGGUGAAAAGAGCGCCGGAGAGGAGCAUCAGCCAAGCCCAGCCAAGCAUCCUUUCCAGGCUCCAGGCGUACUUGCGGUCUUACAUAUACACACCUCAGGAAGGUUUCCGGAUCCCGCUGAAGCUGGUCCUCUCCCUGGCCAUGGCGCUGAUCGCUGUCUACCAGGUGGCCCUCCUGCUGCUGGCGGCGUUCAUCCCCAACAUCCAGAUCGUCAGGGCUGGAAUGACAAAGGAGGUUACUGCCUUGCUCGUCGAGUUUGGCAUUGUCCCUUCUGAGAAUCCUGAGAGGAUGCCUGGGGACAAGGAGUUGGCAACGCUGAAACACUACAUCUGGUCGCUGGAAGUGUGCUUCGUCUCCUCCUUGGUCAUCUCCUGUCUCUUGACUUUCGGCAUGUUGAUGAAGUCCCUGGUGAAGCACAGGACCAACCUCCGGCGUCUGUACCGAGGGGCAGUCAGGGAUGUUUUCUACCGUCCCCGCAAGCUUCAGCCUUCACAGCAGGCCCUGGUGUGCUGGAUGGGCUUUGCUGCCUUUCAGGCUGCAUUUGCCUGCUUAGGCCUGCUCCUCCAGCACGUCGUCUUCUUCAUCUGCACGGUGGGCUUCACGUUCCUGGUGGCCAUCCCCCUGCAGUCCGGCUCCAACGUGCACCUCUUUAAAAUCGUGGAGAACAUGUGGCCCUUCUGGUUGACGUUGGUGGUGGCUGUGAUUGCGCAGAACCUGUUGGCACGUUACUGUUUCCUGGAGCGGGGCCCUCCGCCCAAGGAGCUGACCAACAGGCGAGCUCUGUACAUGGCGACAUUCCUGCUCUUCCCGAUCAACGUGCUGGUGGGCGUUUUGGCAGGCGCUUGGAGGGCAGCUGUGUCUGCGCUGUACAACACCGUCCACUUUUGCCGGCUGGACGUCAGCCUCCUGAGUCACGGCGUCGAGGCCUUUGAUCCGGGCUACCGCACGUAUUGCUACUACUUGAAAACGGAGGUGAGCCAGUCGCACCCGGUGAUGAAGGCCUUCUGCGUGUUGCUGCUCCAGCUGCAUGGCCCCCAGGGACCGGCGGGGCUCCAACCAAGAGAUGUGGAAGAAGGUGUCAAGCUCAUGCCGCCCAAGCAGCCGGCCUCGAAAGCCUCGCGGGGCAAGCAGCACCACGCCCGCUGGGGCCUGGCCUACACCCUCCUCAACAACCCCUCCCUGCGGCCCUACCGGAAGGGGGUCCUGUCAGGCACCACAGCCAACGGGAUGCAGGCCGGCCCUGCGAAGACGCCUUGACGGGACGGGAUGGCGCCUGGGAAGCA